UACAUAAAAUGUCCUUUAUCGAUUAGUGUAUCAUUAUGGAACUAUGAAGAGUGAGAUGCUAGCAAACAAGUAGGAAAUGGGGCGGGUCACAUUACUUUCACGUGACUAGGUAUCUUAAUGUUUAUUGCACAAUUUAUCGCAUACUUUGACAGCACACAUGAUGGAAACGUCACUUUUCUAACCUCACUUCUUCUUCUGCUGAUGAAAUUCAAAACUGGAAGGCUGGUGAAAAUCUAUGAAAAGUGAACGUUCCCAGUUCUUUUUCCAUUAACCUUUUAGUGUUCCAAAUUUGUUUACUCGAUAACUUAGUAACCUUUUAUUUGAAUGUAAGUUAAUGUAAUAACAGUGUUACCGUGUUACCAUAUGUCCUAUACAGAAUUUCAGAACCAUGGCGUUGUCUCCAGAAGAAAAGUACAAUUUGCUGUCAAGGAACUUGCAAGAAGUCCUUGGUGAAGACAAGAUCAAAUCAAUUCUCAAAGAAAGAGAUUUAAAAAUAUACUGGGGUACUGCGACCACGGGCAAGCCCCACAUUGCAUACUUUGUGCCUAUGUCAAAGAUUGCAGAUUUCUUAAGAGCUGGUGCAGAAGUGACUAUCCUCUUCGCUGAUCUACAUGCUUAUCUGGACAAUAUGAAGGCUCCGUGGGAGCUCCUUGCUCUCAGGGUGCAGUACUAUGAGCAUACCAUUAAAGCUAUGCUACAGUCUAUUGGUGUUCCAAUUGAGAAAUUGAAGUUUGUCAAAGGUACAGAUUACCAAUUAUCCAAAGAAUAUACUUUGGAUGUGUACAGGUUGAGUUCUGUAAUCACUGAGCAUGAUGCGAAAAAAGCUGGUGCGGAGGUAGUGAAGCAAGUGGAUCAUCCUUUGGUCAGUGGACUUUUGUACCCAGGGCUACAGGCUUUAGAUGAAGAAUAUUUGAAAGUAGAUGCACAAUUUGGUGGUGUAGAUCAAAGAAAGAUUUUCACUUUUGCUGAAAAAUACCUGCCACAACUCGGAUACCAAAAACGAGCACAUCUAAUGAAUCCAAUGGUUCCUGGUUUAACUGGUUCAAAAAUGUCAUCAUCCGAAGAAGAAAGCAAGAUAGACUUGCUAGAUUCACCAGCGAAUGUAAAGAAGAAACUGAAAAAAGCGUUCUGUGAACCAGGAAACAUCGAAAAUAACGGAGUAUUAUCUUUUUCGAAGCAUGUGAUAUUCCCUCUUUUAAAACCGGAUGAGAAAUUUAUAGUACCCAGAAAAGAGGAGUAUGGCGGCGAUCUCACUUUUGAUACAUACGAACAGUUAGAGAAAGCUUAUUCGGUAGAGGAAGUUCAUCCCGGAGAUCUAAAACAAGCUGUUGAAAAUUAUAUAAACAGGCUACUAGAACCAAUCAGGAAGACUUUCGAAAAGCCAGAAUUGAAGAAACUCGCCGAGCGAGCCUAUCCAUCUGGCAAAUCAAAAUCGACAACAAACGCGAACGCCGCAAACGACGAACUUGUUCCUAGUAGACUAGACAUCCGAAUAGGUAAAAUAGUCGAAGUCAUGAAGCAUCCAGAAGCGGAUGCGCUGUAUGUAGAGAAGAUUGAUUUGGGCGAGGAAGCACCAAGAACGAUCGUCAGUGGACUGGUGAAUUUCAUCCCCAUAGAAGAAAUGCAGAAUCGCAUGGUGGUGGUUUUAUGCAAUUUGAAACCUGCAAAAAUGAGAGGUGUCGAGUCGCAAGGGAUGGUUUUAUGUGCCUCAGUAGAUGAUCCUAAACAAGUAGAAACACUCAUCCCGCCGGAAGGCGCCGUGCCCGGUGAAAAAGUCUACGUAGAAAACUUUGAGGAUGGAAAGCCAGAUGAAGUUUUGAAUCCGAAGAAGAAGGUAUGGGAAAAAUUGCAAGCAGAUUUGAAGACAAACUCUGACUGCGUAGCUCAAUGGCAAGGGAACAGUUUACUCACAAAGUCUGGCGGGAAGAUUAAGAGUAAAAGCAUGGCAGGUGCUCCCAUUAAAUAAUAAGUUCCAAACACUGCGCUUUUUUACUGAUGUUUUAUUUAUUGAUGCAUUUAUAAUAAAACGCGUUACGCUUCAAUUUAC